AAAUAUCACAGAUUUCAUUUUACGUUUAUUGAACAUUUCUCGAUAGUUUACAAGUAGUUGUCGUCGUUGAUAAAUAUCUCGUGAUUUGUGGCUUCGAAUUCCAUUUUCUUAGACGUAACCGACUAAACAAGAAGAAGGUUUUAAUCGGUGGGGUGAGCAUCGUUAUUAUCGUAGCCGUGGUCAUCGCGGUAGUGAUCGUUCUCCUCGUUAAAAACCCAGAAAAUGACAAUGUUCGGGCCAAAGAAAAUUACGGCGAGUACACAAUGGGUGCUGUGUCGACGAACGGGCAAGAAUGCGCGCAGAUCGGCGCCGACAUACUCAAGAAGGACGGCUCCGCCGUGGACGCCGCCAUAGCUGCGCUUCUUUGCGAGGGAGUCGCUUCUUUGCACAGCAUGGGAUUAGGAGGUGGAUUCUUAAUGACGAUUUGGAACGCUCGAACCAAGACUGCGGAUUAUCUGGACGCCCGCGAAACGGCUCCGUCAGGGGCGCACGAGAAUAUGUUUCAAGGCGAUCUUAGCUUGUCGAUGUAUGGUGGUCUGUCGAUAGCGGUGCCGGGCGAGCUCUAUGGCUACAUGGAAGCCCAUAAAAAAUACGGGAAACUGCCGUGGUCCAUGUUGUUCGAACCAACCAUUUCUCUGUGCGUCACUGGAUCGCUCGUGAACGAUUACCUGGCCGGAUAUUUGGCUCGCAAAGAGUCGCUUAUAAAAGCGGAGAGCUCGUUGGCGGAGAUACUCAUUGACCCAGCCACCAACUCCACAUGGAAGGUAGGUGACAGGAUAAAACGACCACGCCUGGCGGAAACGUUGAAACUGAUCGCGAAACACGGAUCGGACAUAUUUUACAACGGCACCCUAGGCGACGUUCUGGUCGAAGAGAUCAGGGCGAUGAAAGGCAUCAUCACCAAGCAAGAUCUACAAAAUUACAGAGCAAAAUGGAGGAAACCGAUCGAAUCGAAGAUCGGAAACUUGACGAUGUACACCGCUCCGCCACCGGGUUCAGGGGCGAUUCUCAGUUUCAUAAUGAACGUUCUGAACGGAUUGGUGCCCGUCAGCGACGAGGGUGUCAUGUGGCAGCGAUUCGUCGAGACGUUCAAAUGGGCGUACGCCAGAAGAACCGAAUUAGCCGAUCCUGAUUACGACCCGAACGGCAAUAUCGAGGCAUUAGUAGCGAACUUGACGUCCAUCGACUACGCGGAUGCGAUCCGAAUGAAGAUAAAAGAUGAUAGGACGAACAACGAUCCGAUGUAUUAUGGCGCCGUUAUGUCCACGCCAGAGGAUUCUGGGACGUCCCACGUUUCUGUACUGGCACCCGAUGGAUCAGCUGUAUCAGUGACUUCGACCAUAAAUCAAGUUUUCGGCGCGAUGAAGCGUUCCAAAUGGACGGGGAUAAUAUUCAACGACGAGAUGGACGAUUUUAGUUCCCCGAAUAUAACAAAUGGAUUCGAUCUGCCUCCCUCGCCGGCAAAUUUCAUUCGUCCCGGGAAAAGACCUCUGAGCUCUAUGAGCCCGACGAUAGUAGUAGAUGAAAGGAGGAAUGUCCGUUUGAUAAUUGGGGCCGCAGGCGGCAGUAAAAUCACGUCCGGAGUUGCGAUCGGAAUGGUAUUGAACCUUUGGUCGGGAUACAAUAUAAAAGAAGCGAUCGAGACGCUUAGAAUUCACCAUCAGCUAAUGCCAAUGGAGGUACAAAACGAGAAAGGAUUUUCUCCGAGCGUGUUGAGCUAUUUAUCGAGUAUCGGCCAUAACGUCGCUACAUUUUCGGGCAUCGGUAGCGCCAUCACGGCUGUGACGAACGAAAACGGCAAAAUAUUUGCCAUUUCUGACCCCCGCAGACAAGGAAAAACCGCUGGCUUUUAAACAAUUAUCUACGGUCUAUGUUUCUUAUCCGCUAAUAGACAAAACGUGUUAAUUGACAAUGAGUCGGAACAGGUGACGUGUAAACGUUUUCAUACUCAAAUCCGGUGUACACGAGAUAUAAAUUAAACCAACAACGUUCGAUAAAGGAUCAUCGACAAACGAGCCGGUACAAUUCUAAAUACCUCGUUACAAAUUACGUAGUUACCUUUAUACGCCUGCCAAAGCAGUUUCUUACAAAAGUAUUAGUAGCAUAGGCAGAUAUACAGUAGAUGCACAGAGGAAGCUCUAACGAUCAAACUGAGAAUCGAUGUACAAAAAAUACAACAAAAAGAACUUCGAGACGAAUCUAAAACGUUCGCUGAACAGCGACCAAAAGUCAUAGCUUGAAUUUCUAUACAAGCCUGCAAAUAAAAAUUUCUGGUAUAUUUACAGUAUUUUCAAAAG